AUGGAAAGCACCAUAUCCAGCAUACAGCUGAAGCUCGCCAACUUCGAGCUCACGGAGACGAUGGUCACCGAAAACGACAGCAUCAAUCUAUUGACUACCAUCACCAAAUUCAAUAGCGUCAUAUCCCAACAGUCCCUCGACAGCUUCCUCCAGCGAUUCAACGAUUACAUUAGCCUCGCUGGAAACUCGAAUGAUUCCCAGAAGAUCGCGCGCUUGAAAUUUCUCCUCACGGACAGGGCCAGAGAACUCCUAAACGACAUGAAUCCAGAUGCUACAUACGACGACGUCAUUUCGCAGCUCCGAGACGCCUUCCAGAAUACACAUUCAAAAACGAGUGCCCGCCAGGCCUUAAGUCUAUGCCGGCAACUACCAGAUGAAACAGUCUUCACAUUCACGCAGCGAUCCUCCAAAUUAGGGAGAGCAGCAUACCCAACGAUGAGCGACGCGGAUUAUAAGGAAAUCCUACUACAACUUUUUGUGGACAAAUUGAAGCCGGAUCUCAGAUACCAGGUUCAACUGUCUCGCCCGAAAUCGUUCAUUGACGCGUACGAAAACGCCUUAAACCUAGAACUGGUGCUGCAACAACAAAUCAACUCGAACUCAACCACAACAUCAAUCACAUCGGCGGUAGAAGCGCUCUCGGAACCUAGAAGAAUGAGAAUGCUUCUAUUGUAAGAAGAAAGGACACGUAAUACGAGACUGUAGGAAAAGACGAUACAACCAAAGGCGAAAUCCAGAACCGCGAAGACCAAACCGCCGUCCUCAGAAUGACAGACACGACGAUCGAAGACAACGCCACCAACGCCACAGAAACUUUGAUGACCACCCCAGAUCACGCUCGACCAGUCAUAGCACACGAUCCCCGAGUCCACAUGUCAGAUUUAGAUCGUCAUCCCUGACUACCUUCCUGAUUGCCACCAUAACGUGCUUCGGUAUGAUGAAUAACAGUGCAAUGGCCCGGCCCCAGCCCAUGUCUCUGCGGAGACGACAGAACCACGACUACGGUACAUUCCGAUGAGCCCGAUUCCCAUCGCUUAUCGGCUCUUCCGAUCUGGCCACAAGACGCCAUCACUUAACGGCGCCCCCGCUUUGGCCACAAGACGCUGAGAAAGGCGGGCGAUAGGCCUAUAUAAAAGCACAAAAGAAGACAGACGCGGGGUCGACCCAGCGUUCUCCGAUCGGAAAGCGCUGCAUAAUUUCUGCCUUGAUCAGGCUCAGUGUUGGUUUUAUGAAACUCAAGGGGGGGGUUGUUAGUCUCUGAGGAGACAUCUUCUCUCACCAGCUCCACUCUGGCCGCCCCCAAGCCAUCCACAACAGCCCAAACCAGCACCAAGUCGUCAGACAACUGCACUAUCUCCGAGGAGAUGCUCACUAUCCCAACCGGCUCCGUUCAAGCUUCAACGCCGAAACGUCUUUACUCGCGAGCCGCGCCAUCUGCCCAGACGUCAAGUGCUGAAGCCGCAAAACCUCUCGAGCGCUCACUCUCCGAUAUGUCUUGGAUUCUCCAAAAAUCAAGAGGAACAACGACACGCUGGAAUUCAAUCCACCGCUCGUCAUGA